AUGCUGAACUGAAAGCGUAAACAAAUCAAAUAGUUCUAGUAAAGUGGUGAAUACAAAAUCAUUAAAUGAGGAACGCUUUACCGACAAUUUAAAUUCAAAACUGCAAUUUGCGUUCAAGUUAAUCCGAAUAGAAAAAGUUAAUUUUUUAACUGUCGAUGUAAUUUAAUUGAAGUUCUCAGUGGGCUUUCUUUUAUUUGUGUGAAUUGGUUGUUGAAUCAUGGCCUUAAGAACGUACGGCGAUAAACCUAUUAGUUUUCAAGUAGAAGAGAAUGGCGAAUACUAUUGUAUUGGAUCAGAGGUCGGGAAUUACCUUAGACUCUUCCGAGGAUCAUUGUAUAAACGUUAUCCAGGCAUGUUCCGUCGAACAAUUACAAAUGAAGAAAGAAAACGGUUGAUGGAUCUCGGCUUGAGUGCUCAUUGCUUGGCUUCCAGUGUGUCAUUGUUGAAGGCAUCAGAAGUUGAAGAUAUUAUUGAUGGAAAUGAUGAACGGUACAAAGCAGUAUCGGUUACUUCUACCGAACCAUUAAUCGCUAGAGAAGCUAAAGGCAAAAAAUCUGCACCUUGGGUACCAUCAUUGCCGAAUAGUUCUCAUUUGGACGCUGUUCCACAGGCAACACCUAUUAACCGUAACAGAAUAAUACAAAAAAAAAUCAGAACUUUUCCUUUAUGUUUUGAUGAUACCGAUCCGGCAAAUAUUUAUGAAAAUGCCAACUUUUCAGAACUACUAGUUCCCAUUAGACUUGAUAUGGAAAUUGAAGGACAAAAAUUAAGAGAUACAUUCACAUGGAAUAAAAAUGAAACCUUAAUUACUCCAGAACAGUUUGCUGAAGUUCUCUGUGAUGAUUUGGAUUUAAACCCAUUACCUUUUGUCCCGGCCAUUGCACAAUCCAUACGGCAACAAAUUGAAGCUUUCCACAAUGACAAUAUUUUAGACGAACACGAUCAAAGAGUAAUAAUUAAGUUAAACAUUCAUGUGGGUAAUACGUCACUAGUCGAUCAAGUAGAGUGGGACAUGGGCGAAAAGGACAACUCACCGGAACAAUUUGCAAUGAAGCUGUGUGCUGAACUUGGUCUCGGCGGAGAAUUUGUAACGGCCAUCGCUUAUUCCAUUCGAGGACAGUUAAGCUGGCACCAGCGAACCUAUGCCUUCAGUGAAGCACCAUUAUCUGUAGUGGAAACACCGUUCAGACCACCAUCGGAUGCUGACCAAUGGAGCCCAUUCUUAGAAACAUUAACCGAUGCAGAAAUGGAAAAGAAGAUCAGAGAUCAAGACAGAAAUACAAGGCGUAUGCGACGAUUGGCCAACACUACACCAGGAUGGUAAUAAGAAUCAUUAUUAAGUAUUUUAAAUACAGCAAGUUAACACGCCUUCCGUGAGAAUAAAACAGUCGUCUGAGAAAAAAUUAUGCCACCAGUCACCACGUCAAAGUUCCAUCUCGUCGUCUUCAACUGCAAUGCAUCUAAAUAUGUUUUUAUUAUUAUUACUAAUGAUUCAUCAAUAUUAAAUUGUAGUUAUAAAUGUUAAGACUUUAAUAUAUGUAAAGAGAAUAUUACAAUAUUGAAAAUUAAUUUGUGACUAACUAAUAAAUAAACAAUUAUUUGUG